GCUGGACUUCCUCCCGGAUUUAAUCAGCUUGUAGCUGAGUUUCAAAUCAGCUACGAGGAAGCGUCAUCUGCGGUCUCGUAUCCUGUACUACUUCUCGGCAUCAGUACUUUUUUCUGGGUGCCAACUGCCUCAUUAUGUGGCAAGCGCCCUGUUCUUAUUACCUCUCUAGUCGUGUUUGUGCUGGGAUGUGUAUGGGGUCAUCAGGCAACGUCAUUCCAUAGCUUCCUAGGGUCUCGGAUCUUGACCAGCUUUGGGGCAGGGGCUGUACAAGCUAUUGGGCCUGCUCUGAUUGGGGGUAUGAAAGCCCCAAGAACGAUUUGGACGAUAUUGACUCCCAAUAGAAAUAUACUUCGAGCGCAAUUACUCGAAAGCCAUGGGUCGGUGGCUAUCUCAGUUCUGUCUCCACAACUGUUUGCCCUGCCUCCAUUCCACUUCGGCCCGGCUGCGGUGGGUAAUUGGGCUGCGACCAGUGUCAUUGGCAUUGUCGCGGGCUAUCUUUUGAGCGGCCUUACAGACAUAUUUUCGCAAUUUAUUAGCCACUCAGGGGAACAUCGACCUGAGUACCGCCUGGUUAGCUUGAUUAUACCAUUCCUCGUGUGCUCACCCGGACUCAUACUGUUUGGAUAUACGUACGAGGCCCAAUCGUUUUAUGGCCCAGCGGUGGGAUCUGCUAUGCAAACGUGCGGACUACAGCUUGUGCCGGCCACUGUGUUGUCGUACGCUGUGGAUAGUUACCCAUAUGAUGCAUCCGAGGUCGCCGCCUUAAUCAAUGCUAUCACCCACAUACUGCCAUUCGCCCUGUCUUUGAAGGUAUCUUCGUGGCUUGCUCGGGUUGGAGUCAUUCGAUUAUUUUUGGAUAUGGCAAUCAUUCAGUGGGGCGUUCUUGCUGGCUUGACUUUGCUGCUCUAUUUCGCUGGUCCACUGUUGCGUCGGCGAAGUGCAAUUGCACACAGCAAAUAUGGAAUCCGAAAAUGGCUUCCUGUCUGA